AUGGGCAGCCUCCCGUUCCUCCAUGAUCCACUUGAAAACAGCUCUUCCCACCUGACCAAAGCCCUAGACACUGAAGAGUUCAGGAAACAAGGCCAUAUGGUCAUAGACUUCAUUGCAGAUUAUUACCAAAACAUAGAAAAAUACCCGGUUCUAAGCCGAGUAGAACCCGGGUAUUUGAAAAAAUGCCUACCAGAGUCUGCUCCAUAUAAUCCUGAAUCGAUACAAACCAUACUCCAAGAUGUUAAAGAUCACAUUAUUCCCGGCCUAACACAUUGGCAAAGUCCCAAUUUUUUCGCAUACUUUUCUUCGACUGCAAGCACUGCUGGGUUUCUUGGCGAAAUGCUCAUAACUGGGUUCAAUGUAGUGGGGUUCAAUUGGGUUUCCUCGCCGGCUGCAACCGAGCUCGAACACAUGGUCAUGGAUUGGCUCGCAGACAUGCUUCAGCUUCCCAAGUCGUUUCAUUUCUCUGGUAACGGUGGCGGUGUGUUACAUGGGAGUACUUGCGAAGCCAUUGUUUGCACAAUGGCAGCUGCCAGGGACCAAAUGCUAAGCCGAAUUGGUAGCGAGAAUUUGGGAAAGCUUGUUGUGUAUGGUUCAGACCAAACACAUAGCACACUUCAAAAAGCUACCCAAAUUGUUGGAAUCAACCCGGAGAACUUCAGGGCCAUCAAGACUACAAAGUCAACUGGAUUUGCACUAUCACCUGCAAUGCUAAGACUGACAAUAAGUUCAGACAGAGCAAAAGGGCUAGUGCCACUUUUUCUAUGUGCCACAAUGGGCACAACCGCAACCACUGCUAUAGAUCCAUUGGGGGCAGUGUGCAAUGUAGCCAAAGAUUAUGGCAUGUGGGUUCAUGUGGAUGCUGCAUAUGCAGGAAGUGCUUGCAUUUGUCCAGAGUUUCGUCAUUUCAUUGAUGGCGUUGAGGGUGCAAACUCAUUUAGUUUCAACCCGCAUAAAUGGUUAUUUACUGCAAUGGACUGUUGCUGCCUUUGGGUUGAGAACCCAAGUGCAUUAAUAAAUUCACUGUCGACGAAUCUAGAGUAUUUGAGGAACAAAGCCAGUGAUACAAAGCAAGUUGUGGACUACAAAAACUGGCAAAUAGCACUAAGCCGGAGGUUCCGGGCAUUGAAGCUAUGGCUUGUGCUAAGAAGCUACGGCGUGGCUAACCUUAGAAAAUUUAUUCGAAGCCAUGUCAAAAUAGCCAAGAUUUUUGAAGGGCUUGUGAGAAUGGACAAUAGGUUUGAAAUUGUGGUUCCUAGAAACUUCUCCUUGGUCUGUUUCAGGAUUUCACUAUCCGCAAUAGUUAGUGAUGAUCAUUAUGAUGGUGAGGAGUACAAUAUGGUAAACGAGAUCAAUUGCAAGUUGCUGGAGGCCAUCAAUGCAUCAGGCUCUGUGUUCAUGACUCAUGCUGUGGUUGGAGGUGUCUACGUGCUACGGUGCGCAGUUGGUGCAACUCUAACUGAGGAAAAGCACAUUCGAGAGGCCUGGAAGGCGGUGCAAGGCCAGGCACAUACAAUUCUCUCAGCAUGUAUUGUUGACUCUGCAUAA